AUGUUGGCGAGUUCAGUUGUAGCGGCAUUGAGCACCUUGCUCCCCGUACUAUCGAGCGCCCAGCGAAUCCGCUCUGAUCCUGGCAUUGCAGGCCCAUCACUCGAAAUCGUGCACCUCUACAAUGAUCAAUGGCCAACUGGUAUCACCGUCUCCAAGACCGGGCGUAAAUUCUCAAACUACCCUUCUGGCCUCGACCCCAACAACACCAACACGGGCAGCAACAACAAGCACGCCGUAGCAGAAAUCCUAGCCAACGGAACGGAAAUCCCUUAUCCAAAUGUAGACAUCAACAACCCACCCGACGGAGCAAUCAACUACACCGUGUCCCCACCCGUCGGCGCAAACUACGCCAACUACCUCAUCGGCGUCCAAAGCGUAGUCCUCGACGCCCAAGACCGCCUCUGGAUCCUCGACACCGGCCGCGCCCUCACCCCGGACGGGACCCUCGUCCCCGCCUCCCCAGGCGGCCCCAAACUCAUCUCCGUCGACAUUUCCAGCAACAGCAUCCUCCAAACAAUCAUCUUCCCGCCCACAGUCGCAUACCCGACCUCGUACCUCAACGACAUCCGCCUCGAUCUGCGCCCCAGUCUAAGCGGUACGACGGGAAAAGGCGUAGCGUACAUUACCGAUUCCUCAAGCGAAGGCCGCAACGGCAUCGUCGUCGUCGAUCUCGCAUCGGGCGAGUCCUGGCGCCGUCUCGACGGCACAGCAGAGGUACGUGCUGAGCGCGGUUUUGUACCCUAUGUCUGGGGCCAGCCUUUGUACUACAUACCUGGUCCGGGGCUCCCUCUUACUACCGUUCCCCUCGGCAGUGACGGCAUCGCUUUGUCCUCAUCGGGUGAGGACUUGUAUUUUGGGCCGGUGGGUGGGAGGUCGCUGUAUAGUGUGCCUACCGAGCGGCUGCGGGAUAGGAGCGACCAAAGUGCGGAGUUAAGGACGCAGGCGGCGGUGCAGAGGAGGGGCGAGAGGGGCGUGAGUGAUGGGUUUGAGACGGAUACGAAUGGGUUUGUGUAUGCGGGGAAUAUGGAGCAGAAUGAGGUGGGGUUUUAUAAUCCGGCAAAUGCGUCUGUGACGGUUUUUGUGAGGGAUCCGAGGAUUAGUUGGGUGGAUACUAUGUCGGUUGGAAGUGAUGGGUAUCUGUAUUUUACGGAUAACCAACUUGCGUUUAGCUCGUCGUUUUACCCAGGGACGGAUCGCAGAGAGAGACCAUUUGUGCUGUUUAGAGCGCCGCUGCCGAAUAAUGGGUCGAGGGUAUUCUUGCAGUAG